CCAUCCAAGACAUUGAUUAUAAUCGGGAACAGUUUGCCCUUAUUAAUAGCCUCCUUUGAACAGUGGGUUACACAUUCAUUGGACUCCAUAGAAAGUAGUCAUAUUUUCCAUUUGCAUUGAGCCUGUCCAUCUGCGUGGAAGGAACCAUGAGGUGUUUACAGGUGUCCAACCAAGACCUGGAAGAAAGGAUCCCUUCCUAUGAGGAACUGGAAAAGCUGGAGAAUGAGGAGGCUGGGGACAGACCCAAAUGGGACAACAAGGCCCAGUACAUGCUGACUAUCGUAGGUUUCUGUGUGGGACUGGGGAACGUCUGGCGCUUCCCGUACCUUUGCCAGAGCCAUGGGGGAGGUGCAUUCAUGAUUCCUUUCCUGAUCCUACUGGUUCUAGAAGGUGUUCCCCUGCUCCAUCUGGAGUUUGCUAUUGGUCAACGUCUAAGGAAAGGCAGUGUAGGUGUCUGGUCUUCCAUCCAUCCAUACUUAACUGGCAUUGGCAUUGGAUCCAUGUGUGUGUCCUUUCUGGUCAGCCUGUACUACAACACCAUCAUGGCCUGGGUGAUGUGGUACUUCUUUAACUCCUUCCAAGAGACGCUGCCUUGGAGCCAAUGUCCAGUCAAUGCCAACAUGACAGGCCUGGUGUCAGAGUGUGAAAGAAGCUCUCCAGUGGAUUACUAUUGGUACAGAGAGACCCUGAACACCACCCCAGACAUAGAUAACACAGGUGGGCUACAGUGGUGGAUGGUCCUAUGCCAUGUGUCUGCCUGGGCGUUGCUGUUUGUCUGCAUAAGUCGAGGCAUUGAGACGACUGGGAAGGCUGUGUAUAUCACCUCAACAUUACCUUAUGUGGUGCUGACCAUCUUUCUGAUCAGAGGCUUGACCUUGAAAGGCUCUUUGAAUGGAGUGAAGUUCCUCUUCACCCCAGAUAUGAAUGAACUAAUGAACCCAACGACUUGGCUUGAUGCGGGUGCCCAGGUUUUCUAUUCAUUCUCUUUGGCCUUUGGAGGUCUGCUGUCUUUCUCCAGCUACAACUCAGUGCAUAAUAACUGUGAACAGGAUGCAGUCAUCAUCUCUAUCGUGAACGGAGCCACUGCUGUCUACGCUGCAACAGUCAUCUACACCAUCAUUGGCUUCAGAGCCACAGAGAAGUUUGAUGACUGUAUUUCUGGAAAUAUCCUGACACUGCUGAAUACAUUUGAUCUCCCCGAGGGAAACGUCACUGAGAACAACUAUGGUCAGGUUCUCCAGAGUCUCAAUGGAACACAUCCAGAAGUCAUUCAGGGACUCAACUUGAAGACCUGUGACUUGAAUUCUUUCCUUAGUGAG